GAGCGCGGAGGCAGGGCCGGUCCCCACCCCCAAGAUGGCGGCGGAGGCCCCCGAGCGGUUCUGUGUAGCCGAGGAGCGGAGCGGCCACUGCGCCGUGGUGGACGGCCACUGUCUCUACGUGUGGGGGGGCUACGUGUCAAUUGAAGAAAAUGAAGUAUAUUUACCAAAUGAUGAACUUUGGAUCUAUGAAAUUGACACUGCAUUAUGGACAAUGCACCUGAUGGAAGGAGAGUUACCUACCUCUAUGUCCGGAAGCUGUGGAGCUUGCAUUAAUGGGAAGCUGUACAUAUUUGGUGGAUUUGAUGAUAAAGGAUACAGUAAUCGGCUAUAUUAUGUUAAUUUGCGAACAAAAAAUGGAACCUAUAGGUGGAAAAAAAUUACAAAUUUUAAAGGUCAACCUCCUACACCACGUGACAAGCUUUCCUGCUGGGUGUAUAAGGACAGGUUAAUAUAUUUUGGUGGUUAUGGAUGUAGGAAACACAAUGAACUGAGUGACUGUUUUGAUGUUCACGAUGCAUUUUGGGAAGGGCAAAUAUACUGGGGAUGGCACAAUGAUGUUCAUGUCUUUGAUACAACCACACAAACUUGGUUUCAGCCAACAAUUAGAGGUGGAGAGCCACCUCAGCCUCGAGCAGCUCAUACAUGUGCUGUGCUGGGAAAUAAGGGUUAUGUCUUUGGAGGACGAGUACUGCAAAGUAGAAUGAAUGAUUUGCACUGUCUGAACUUAGAUACCUGGACUUGGUCUGGAAGUUGUCUCUCACUGUGCAAGACAGUGGAAUACAACUGCUUUGAUUAUAAGUCUGUGUGGAUCCCGCUCAAGAUGAUUUAUACCCAGAAUCAAAAUGAACGUAUCAACUACAGUAAGAACCAGCCUUGGACUGCUAAGACACGUGUCAGUGUGCACACAACACCCUUAACCAUAUUUAUGGUACCUACAUCAAUUUACAAUGCAAGAAUUCAUACUAAUGGAGAGAAACCAAAAGAUCGAUCUUGGCACACUUUGACUUCUGUAGGGGAUGACAAGCUUUUCCUCUUUGGUGGACUGAGUUCAGAUAAUGUUCCACUCAGUGAUGGUUGGAUUCAUAGUACUACAACAAAUGGAUGGAGACAACUUACCCACUUACCGAAGAGCAGGCCUAGGUUGUGGCAUACAGCCUGUCUUGGCAAAGAAGGGGAGGUGAUGGUAUUUGGUGGAAGCAAAGAUGAUUUGCAUUUCAUGGACACAGGACACUGCAGUGACUUACUUAUCUUUCAGACAGAACCAUACUCACUUCUUAGGUUGUGCCUUGACUGCAUUGGUAAAAAUGCAACUUUUUUAAAGAAUCAAAUAUCCUGGUUGCCACCCGGACUUUUACAGCAAGUAUUGAAAAAGAUAACCUUUUGGGCUGCAGUUAAACAUCGUCAGGAGAAAAGAGCUGAAACUGAAAGACAAGAUCAAAUAAGUGUCACCUGAGCAGUAGCAAUAAAAUUAUUGAACACUACAUGUAAUUACAGUGUACAGCAAAGUUUGUUAGUCGCUACUGUAUUUACUAGUGCUACAAAUCAGCUUUUUGUUUAGCUGAGCUUUGAACAAGUUUGAACAAGUAAAUCCUUUUUGUUUCCUGAAGUAUAAGAAAGAGUUAUAUAUUGUAUGUAUGAUAAUAAUUCCACCCCCUUCAGAUUUUUUAGGUUAAUUUUUGCUGUUGUGGUCUUAAUGAGCCAGUUCUUAAUACUUAUUCUUUCUGGAUGAAAGUCACAUAGCAUAUAGAACCUUUUCAGAGGGAUAAAAUGUCUUAGAUUUAAAAUCUUAUUUUCACAUUUGGCACAUCAGCACCUGCUGAAAUUAGUUUGGCACAAUAUUUUGAUAAGCUGUACUUUUGCAAUUAUUAAAAAAAAUUUAUAUUAUUAUGGUCAUAAUUCCAGAUGCUAUUAUUUGAUGUGACAGCACACGAGAAAGCCUAAUUAUUGAUACUUGGAGCUAACAAUCCUACUCAAAAGCAGAGAAAUCAACAGGCUGUAUAACUGUGGACACUAAAUGAGCUCCAAUAUUUGUAUAUGGAAAUACAAAUACAGUUCAUCUAUGUUUCACUAAUUCUGUAAUCAGUGAAACUUUUUCAAAAUAGAGUAUAUAUAUAUAUUGUAUUUUGGAUAUGUAAAUUUUAUAUUUUAGGUUUGAAAUAUUUUAUGUUUAUUUAUUGUUAAAAGUAUAUAUAUUAUUUACUAUUUUCCCAUCUGUUUCAAACGUUCAAUUAACAGGGAUGCUGUCACUAAUGUUUUAUGUAUGCAACAUAUUUGAAUAUAGACCAGUUUUGUUUAGUUUUUACCAUUUUUACAGUUUGACUAUAGAACCUAUGUAGGAAAGGAAGUUUUAUAGUAAAUAUAUAUCUUAAGGGAAAUACUUGGUGACCGAAUAUCACAGUUAAGCCAUACGUUCAUACUUCCUUCAACUAAGAAGCCAUCUGAUUUUUUUUCUUAAAAAAAAUCUGCUAAUGGGAAUGAAAAUUGUGGUCUUUAUGUUAAAAAGAAUUCCCCCUCACAUGUAAACCAUUCAGAUUAUUGAAGUGGUCCCAGGGGGUUUAGGAUUUUCUCAGGUGAUGACCACAGUAUCAACACUCUGCACUUGUUAAUGUGUUAUUGCAUAUACAGCAUUUACCCCACAGAGCAAGGAAAUAUUUCAGAUAUACCCUAUUGCAAUGCUUAUAUUAAUUCCUAAUAAUUGCUAUGACCCAGAUCCUGCAGGAACUCUCAUACAUUUAACUUAACCUAGUAGAACAAAAUAGGUUUAAAAUGGGAUAAUUUAAAUGCUGAAACAUACGCCUGAUUCUGUGAAGAAUCAAAGCUUAUGAGAGUGCUUCAGACCCUCCUUUGAACUGCUCUGAUCAAACCUGAAAACCUUCCUCUACUUCCAUCCUCAGUUUUUAUGACUGGAGAUCAAAACAUUUAAAAAUGCUUUUGAAUGUAUUUCUUUCAUGUGUAUAUGUAUAGGUUUGCCAGAUAAGGGGGUAAGGAUAGUUAUUUGGAAUGAAUAGAAAUUUGUAGGAGGCAGCUUUGGAAUGAGUAUCUCCAUCAGUGCCACUGAGGACAAUUUCCCCUCAGAUGUAGUAGUACUCAGCUGUGGUGUUCUGCUUCAGUGCAUAUGCAAAACUCCCAGGGAUAUCAGCAAAAAUAUUUGCAUGCUUAGAAAAUCCUACUUUUCUGUUAUACAGAUGUGAGAAGAGACUUUUGCCUACAAUCGAGGAGACGAAUCAGAAUAUCCUGGGGGCAUCUUCAUUUCUUAAUCCUUUUGCUUUAUUUCAUCUAUUGCACCUGUGCCACUGUCAACGUUUACAAUUGAGGGAGUGUGAAGACAAAGCUAGGACAUGCAACAGCACAUCCAGUGCACUAGUAGGGCAGUUGCUGGUGGACAUUUAUCACAGUCAGAAGAAAGGGAGGUGUAAUGUCAUAUUUCAGGUUGCAGUGGAAAUGCUGGGUCAAUUACUACAAAGAAUUUUGUUGGUGGUGCACUUGGGAAAGGCUUUUGGAGAAAGAAGCAUUAGCUUAAGGAGGAAUGAAAACACACAGGGAGCUUUCUUCAGUAGAGACUGAGUUCAGAUUUUGUUCCAGACAUUAUAAAAAGUGCCUUUAGCACCAUGUUUUUUUAAAUGUGUGUUUCAUAGGAUUUGCAGUAGUUCCUUGUUUACUGUUAAAGUUAAAAUACAAUAAAAUAUGGGUUUUUCACAGA